GAUGAAACCCGUGACUCAAAGAUGGCAGAAGAGAACGAGUUAGAGACAAAACGAAUCGAUGAGCUCAGGCAACGGUUUUUCCAUGAAAACGGUACAAAUUUGCAAGAAUUUGAUGAACAAGAUGUUAAAAGAGUCCGUGACGAAGACUUCUGGUUGAGUUGCUUUCUGAAAUCUCGUAAGCAGGAUGUAGAUAAUGCAUUAUCAGCCUUGGUGGAGUGUCUAAAAUGGAGAAAAUCAUUUGGAGUUAAUGAACUUACAGAGCGCUCAGUAGACCGGAGACUGUUUGAGGCUGGUUUUCUCUUUCCAUAUAACCGGGACAAAGAUGGAAAUACGCUGGUCAUCUACAUUGGAAAACUUUACAACAAAGAUCCACAGCAACAUCCAGAAUUGAAGAGAUAUCUUGUGUUCCUAUUAGAAAAACAUGUAAAAAUGUUUCCUGGCAGAAAAGUAACAUUUUUAUUUGACAUGCAGGAUACUGGCUUAGCAAAUAUGGACAUGGAUUUUGUAAAAUUUAUCAUAAGUUGUUUCAGAGAUUACUUUCCAUGGACAUUAGCAUGGUUAUUAAUUGUGGAGAUGCCCUGGAUUUUAGCAGCAACAUGGAAAAUUGUCAAGUCAUGGCUGAGCCCUGAAGCUGUCAAAAAAAUCAGAUUUUUAAACAAAGCUGAACUUUUGGAUUUAGUCGAUGAAGACAAACUACUUGUCAGAUUAGGUGGAACUGAUCCCUAUGAAUAUACUUAUCCGCCCACAAAAGAAGCUCUCGCCAGUCUUGGUAUUACUGAAUCCACAAGCAACAGUACUGAAGAUAGCUUUACUGCAAAUGGUACUGUCAACCAGAGCAAUGAUUUUGACGAUGACAGCUGUGAAGAUGCUCGUGAAGAGGCCCCUCCUUCCAAUACAAAGAAGGUGACGUUCGAGGAUGGGCCUGCCACUACAGUCGAUCAGAACCUUGAAAAUUCAGCUUCUUUGUCGAAUACAAAGCAGAGGAAUGGUUCAACAAAGCUUACAUUUCGGGCUGUAAAUUCAAGAUCGUCGCAGAGACGAGCACCUCCGGACGGCUUUAUUAGUACAAAAAAUCUACUCACGAUUACGUUAAGGAAUGGUUCAACAAAGCUUACAUUUCGGGCUGUAAAUUCAAGAUCGUCGCAGAGACGAGCACCUCCGGACGGCUUUAUUAGUACAAAAAAUCUACUCACGAUUACGCCAGCGGAGGAAUUAGUUUUCACUGGAACAACUUCGACUGGAGAAAUUCUUCAAUCUUUGUCACUCUCAAACAACACCCUGUCAACAGUCGCUUUCAAGGUAAAGACAACCUCUCCAGAGAGUUACAGAGUCCGACCAAGCUCGGGUGUAAUUCCUGCCAACUCCUCUACGGACGUCAGUGUAUUUUUGCAGCCAGGUCAUGCUGCUAGUGUUAUAAGGGAUAAGUUCUUGGUGAUGUCGACUGAGUUACAGGAUGAUAAGUCUCCCGGUGAACUUGCUGCAUUGUGGAAAACGAUACCAAAGUCAAAUAUUGUGGAACACAGACUUCGCUGCCGAUUUCUGGCGUCCAGUGCUCAGCUUUCUGGUCAGUAUUCUGAUAUUGCGGAAGGUAAACCAGUUACUCUGAGCAUGGCCAUGGACAGCAUUCAGGCACUUCAACGACAGCUGAGUGACGUGGAGAAAAAGCUUGACACCACCAACAGAAAAAUCUCGCACAUAGAAACAGGUCUUAAUGUGUUCAUUAAAGUUCAACUGGGGCUCUUUUCUGUCAUGCUGGUUUUAUUCGCCACUGUGAUGUAUUACGCUACGUUCCUCAUUUAAAAGGACGUCAAUUGACGUGUUCAUGGGCACAAAGGUUACAGCCCGUAAAAAUGAAUCAAUGCGUUUAAAUGAUCUUAAAGAGCAACGUAGACUUCCUUCUGAUGCCCUCUGGAAUACAUACCCUGCUCAGCGAUCGUUUACAGAUUAAGUGAUUUAGAGUUACGGUUAUUCGAAUGACGAAAGGCAAGAAUUGAACUUUUGCGUUGCAAGCGAAAUCAAAAAUAGAAUUUGCCGUUCACGUUUGAACGCGGUUUUGGGUCUUUUGUUGUCAGAAAAACACUCGAAAGAAAAGUUUAUUUUUCCUAUUAAUAUUGUAAAUUAUUUCUUUACCUUAUUGUGAAUAGAUGGCAUUAAUUUAUUAGUACGAGCUCUGUAGAGUUUCCAUAGAAAAGUUGUUUUCACUUAGACUAGAAUUUAGCUAAGCGGUCAAUUUUCGCAAUUUUUUCGCCAAUAUGUAUAGGUAAUCGCAUGGGGCCGAGUAAAAUUAAGGAUUAAUAUCACUUAUGUU